AGCUGCUUCUUCUGCAUUACUUCAUGCAACUUGUGUGUACUGCCUGAAUUAUCCAGUUGUGACACUGGGAGGUAAAGAAGAGCUACAGUUUUUGAAUACUUCAGUUUAGUCCUAUUCUCUGAACUCUUCAGCAGUUUCAUUUUUGAACAGCAAACGGAGAACCGCUUGCCUUGGUGCUGCUGCUCCGGCUGCGUGCGUGUGUGUUGUUAAAAGGAUGGUGUUUCUCUAGCUGCCACGCACAAAACAACACAUUUGACCAUGAGGACUCUUCGCAGGUUGAAGUUCAUGAGUUCGCCCAGCCUCAGUGAUCUGGGCAAGAGAGAGCCGACAGCCUUGGAUGAGCGGGGGACCCAGCAGCGACGGGCCUGCUCCAACGCUACCUGGAACAGUAUCCAUAAUGGAGUAAUAGCUGUGUUCCAGCGGAAAGGACUUGCAGAACAUGAGCUUUACAAUCUCAAUGAAGGUGUCAGGCAGCUACUGAAAACUGAGCUGGGGUCUUUUUUUACUGAAUAUUUGCAGAACCAGCUACUUACAAAAGGCAUGGUAAUCCUGAGGGACAAGAUCCGGUUUUAUGAAGGACAGAAACUUUUGGAUACCUUGGCUGAAACGUGGGAUUUCUUUUUCAGUGAUGUCCUGCCCAUGCUUCAGGCUAUAUUCUAUCCCGUACAGGGAAAAGAACCCUCUGUCCGCCAACUGGCUUUGUUGCACUUUCGGAACAUUAUAACACUCAACAUUAAAUUGGAAGAUGCUUUGUCUCGUUCCCGAGCAAGAGUUCCUCCUUCGAUUAUUCAAAUGUUGCUUAUUCUACAGGGUGUUCAUGAAUCAAAAGGAGUGACUGAAGAUUAUUUAAAACUAGAAGCAUUGAUACAGAAAGUUGUUUCCCCCUACCUGGGCACAUAUGGCUUAUACUCCAGCGAUGGGCCUAUUACACACUCUUCAUGCAUUUUAGAAAAGCGCUUCUUCCGUCGCUCCAAAUCCGGGGACAUCCUUGCCAAGAACCCUGUAGUGAGAUCCAAAAGUUACAACAACCCCUUGCUGACCCCUGUUGCUGAGUAUGAAACGGAGGGUGCAGCCCCCAACAGCACAGGCAUCCGAAGGCACUCGGUCUCUGAAAUGACUUCCUGCUUGGAGACAGAGGGCUACUCCAACCUCACGACCAUCACAGACAAUGGUUCUAAGAGCUCCAUGGCCACCACGAAGAACUCCCAGUCGGGAGAUCCGGAGCGUCUCUCUGCUGGGUCUGCCCAGUGCACUGGCAACCUCAAUCCAUCGGAGCAACCUAAAGGACUCUUCUACCCAAGAGAGGAGCAGAACAGAGCAUUUGAGCUGGGCAGGGACUCAGACCUGAUUGCUAUUGCUCCGACAGCCAGCCCUGAGAACAUCGUGGAUCAGAUUUUGGAGUCCAUUGACUCCGAUUCCGAUGGGAUUUUCAUUGAUUUCAGCCAGAGCUGCUCCAGUUCAUCAGGGUACAAUGUGGAUGUUGGCAGGCAGAGCAUUGUCUGAAGGACACGGGAGAGGGAAAACUAGUUUUGUGCUUAGGAAGCCAACUUUGGAAUUCAGCAGCACCUCUUUAGUGCCGGUGGUGUGGGAGGAUUGUCUGAAAUUCUCAAGUAGUUAGAAAUUCAGGCUACCAGUACACCUCUCAGAUGGAAAGUGGCAAGAAAGGAACCAGGGAGGGAGGGUAAUUGUGGUGUGAAUUAUGGUGCUCAUGCCUCACUCUUAGAUCUUGUUGGGGAGCAUCUACCUCUGUUUUAUGGACUUCAGAGGAGCAUUGCUGGGUUGCAGGCCAAGCUCAUAAAAACAGUAGUCUCACGAGCAGCCAAGUUGAGGAACAGGCAGCAACGAUGUGGGAUAGGUGGGCCUGGGAAAUGGCAUGAAAUCAGAUCUACUCUCCUGCUGUAUAUUUGUUCUUUCUUCUUGGCACCACAGCCUAGAGAUUAAAGUGUGAUGAAAUUCUGUGAGGGACUGUUCUUGUACUGCAGUGCCCACGAGACUAGCCCUGCCACUCUCUAGGCCUGAUUUUGUGACAUGUUUUCCCAGAUACCACCAUGGAUCUGUUCCCUUCCAUGACUUUGGUUUGGUUUAUAUGUUACUUACGUUGCACUGUGCAUGAAUGAGACCCACAGAGUUACUAGUGACAUCUGUAAAUGGAACCACAUGUAGCUAUUGUCCGGUGCAGCUCUUCGUUUUGGAAGUAACCCUGCCAUUCACCAUGUGAUUCCCAUUGACAGACGAUAUAGCGAGGAAUUCAAACGGAGAAAGCUAGUUCUCCUCCUUAAUGGAAAGCAUAUGGUUCUGACAUGUGAUGUGUCUGCACAAGAGUUUUCAGUAUUCCCAUUCUGAUUGUUCUAUAUAAUACAAAAAGAAAAAUUUGAGAAGGAGGACUAUUUGGGCACAAGAGAGUUUGAUGCCACCUUGCUAGGGCAGAAUGAGCUGUCCAUGAUUGCUCUAUCAGCCGUGCAAACAAACAGGAAGGUAGAGAGUGGGCAGAGCAGAGUGUCACCAUUGGUUAAAGACACUCAACAAGCAAAUUAAGGGGCAGGCCUUGUGCUCAUAUGCAUCACUUGGUCCCUCAUCCCUGGAUUAUUCAGUACUUUAUGACAGGUAGCUGAUGGUUUGAAUUAACCCCCUUGGAAGGCCUCAUUCAGUUCCAGCUAGCUGCCCUUAAGUCUUAUUGAUCUUAGGGAGACAAGUUGAUCAGAGUUAACAUAAGCCUUUGGGUUUUUAAUAUGAUUUAGACUGAUUAAAUUACUGUAGAGUCAUUCAUUUUCAAAUGAUGUAGACUGAUAUGAAAGGUAGAUUUAUGGCGCUUGAUCUUGACAGCGGCCAACUUGCCAGUUAUUGUUUUAAUGUUGCAGUCAUCCUGUAAAGAGCAUGCACGUGUGAAACAGCCACAAUCACGGACCCACACACAGAGAGACCCGAAGAUGCUUCUUACUGCCCUUGUGGGCUCCUGAGGUGGAAAACGACUCCUUUGUCAAACAAUGUUGCUAAGUACACACUUCCCACCAUCCUUGUGAAAUCUGUUGAAUGGAUCUCAAGGCCUUUAAUAUUUCAUGACUUCCAAACAUUUGUUUUAAAAAGAGAGAUUGUUCUUUGAAAGGCAGUGUCUCCUUAGAAUUCAGAGGUAUGAAGCAUUUGUUUUAAGAAUGUUGCAGAAUCCACUGAUUUAUGAUGACAAUUUGUUCUUUUUUUUCCCCCUCCAUACGUAAACACUCCUUUUUUGGCAACAAAAAUAAACAUUUGGAAAAUGAUUGAAAUAAAUUGUGUGCAAAGCAAAAUGGUUGGGACCAAUUUCUUGAGGAUUUUGGGGGGAGGGGUUCAAAUGCAGUGUGAGAUUAUUCUGUCUUUUUUCUUUUCAUCAGCAUAACUUUAAAAUAUUAUCCAAAUGCUUCUCAGGAAAUAACCAGAAAAAAAAAGAAUUUUGUUUGUGCUGGUUGAA